AUGCAUUUACUUCCUGUUCUUUUCGUCAUUUUCCUAUCAAUAAUAAUUAUUCAUACUCAAUAUGUCAUUCGUGGUGAAAAGACUCGGUAUUCAAUGCAUUGUCCCAUUCCAAAUGGUCAUUGGUAUGGACCAAAUAAUCAAUCAAUUAUAGCUAAUACAAAUAAAUAUGAAAUAAAAUAUUCAUUUGAUAAUGUACAAUUAAUUAUUGAUCAUUUAACAUUUUUCGAUGAAGGAGAAUAUAUUUGUCAAAAUAAUCAAACAAAUUAUAUUAUUAAACGUUAUAAAUUAAAACUUGGUACAAUAAAAAAUGUUCUUCAACCAUUUUUUAUUUUGAUCUUUUCUAUACUUAUAUUCAUUCCAAUAUUUUGGUUUUUAGGUAAAAAAUAUUCUGGUAUUAAUCAAUAA